GGGUAUUUUAAUUAUAGAUCCAAACCGACCUGGACCCGAGAAGAACAGACCCGGAAGUUUAUAAGUAUCUAUUGGGUCUAAAUAUUUAAGACCCGAAAGACCUGGACCCGAAAAGAACCGGCUCGAACCCGACCCGAAGACUCGAACGCCCAGGCCUAAUGACAUCCAAGAAACAGCAAAACCACAAAUAUAUUCAUCUAAUAUGACAUUCAAAAACAGCAAAAUAAACUCAUGGCAUUCAAAAAACAGCAAAACUCAAAUAUAAGUUGUUAUUUCGAUUUUGAAAAGAGAUUUUUUCUUGACAACAAUAUCUGUAAAUGAAAACUUUGGAGUAACCAAACUAUUGAAAAUUAGUUGAUUAGUAAAAAUGUGUUUCAUCCUCACUUUCACUGUAACGAACCAAGAAAAAUAGACUUAUUCGGUAACUGUUCUUUUGAAAAAUCAACCGAAUUUUCAGGCUCCACUCGGCCGAGAAUUUUGAUUAAUCUGCACUACACGGUUUGCUAGCUCAAACUUUCGUUUCUUCCAUAAAUGCAAGAGCAACCAACAUUACUCUUGUCUCAGACAAAAACAAAAUCAAAGAAAAGAAAAACAUGAUACAUUCUUGUAGUGAGAGGAAGAUGAUAACAUGGCGCUUGUGUUUGGUCUUUUCUCUUUCAUACUCAGUACUUGUUUUUGCUUCUCCUGCUAAGAAUUUGUGUCGUCCAGACCAGAGGGAUGCUCUUUGGGAUUUCAAGAACGAGUUCAUUGUUCAGAAGGAUGAUCGUUUGAGUUAUUCAAAUCCGAAGACAGAGUCUUGGAGGAACAACACUGACUGCUGUUCUUGGGAUGGUGUCCGUUGUUAUCUUCAGACAGGGAACGUCGUUGAGUUAAAUCUGUGGGGCAGUUUUCUUAGUGGCCCUUUAAGAUCUAAUAGUAGUCUAUUUAGACUACAACAUCUGGAGAUUUUGAAUCUUGGAUCCAAUCCUAAUCUUUAUGGAAAUAUUCCUUCUUCACUCGGAAAUCUUUCUUAUCUUACUGAUCUUGUUCUUUCUGAUUGUGGUUUUACCGGUGAGCUACCAGAUUCGAUGGGUAACUUAAACAGGCUGAUAGAUUUGCGACUUUAUAAUAACAAGCUCCGUGGGAACUUUCCUCUUUUCCUUCUCAAUUUAAGCGAUAUCACUCAGAUCUCACUUAGUUCUAACAAUUUCAUAGGAUCUAUUCCGUCAUCUCUUUUCCUCAGCUCUUCCUUGGUCGUGCUUGAGCUGAGUGGAAAUAAUUUUAGCGGUCCUCUUGAUAUUGGGAAUGUCUCUUCACCAUCUAAGCUUCGAAAUCUAGGCCUUGGAAGAAACAAUUUCAGUGGACCAAUGCUGGGAUCUACAUCGAAACUAGUCAGCCUCAAGGAUCUUGACCUCUCUUUUUGGAGGGAUAGUUUAAAUUUCAGCAUCUUCUUGCAUCUCACGUCACUAGAGAGACUUGACCUCUCCUAUCCGAAUACCAGAAUCAUGGUUGACUUGGAUCUUUUCUCACAUUUCAAGUCACUUUGGGAUCUUAAUCUUUCAGGGAAUAAUUUGAAGAUCAGUUCAACUCUCCAUUUUCCCUCACCCAUAUAUAUGUUGAAGUUAUCAUCAUGCAACAUUUCUCACUUUCCAAAGUUUCUACAAAGCAAAACCAGUUUGUCUUAUUUGGACAUAUCCGCGAAUCAAAUUGAAGGCCAAGUACCAGAGUGGUUAUGGAGAUUGCGGUAUGUAGACAUUUCUCAAAAUUCCUUCAGCAGCUUUGAAGGACCAUCGGAUGUUUUUCAAAGAAGUGGCCGACAACCAAAUUCUACAAUGUUCUUUUUAGGCUCCGGUAAUCUGUUUACGGGAGAGAUUCCAAGAAUGAUAUGUGAACUGGUUAAUCUUCAGACACUUGUAUUAUCUAACAACAACUUCAGCGGUUUCAUACCUCAGUGUUUUAAAAAUUUCAAUACUACUAUUUCAGUCUUGCAUCUUCAGAAUAACAGUCUCUCUGGUGCUUUUCCUCAGGAAUCUAUCGGUGGUCGGUUGAGAUCACUUGAUGUUGGUCACAAUAGGUUAUCAGGUAAACUUCCCAAAUCUUUGGUAAAUUGUACUCAGCUCGAGUUUUUGAACGUGGAAGACAACAGAUUCAAUGACACGUUUCCAUUCUGGUUGAGAUCAUUGCCUAUUUUACAGUUUCUUGUCCUUCGUUCUAACAAGUUCCACGGGCCAGUAUCUUUUCCUCAAGAUUCUAUGAAUUUCUCCAAGCUACGAAUCUUUGACGUUUCGCAAAAUCUCUUCACUGGAGUAUUGCCAUCAGAUUAUUUUGCUGGUUGGAGUGCAAUGUCAUCACCGGUUGUAUACGUGGAAGCUAUUGUUCAUAUGUUAGUGUUCCAAAACUAUCAUAAAUCGGUGGGUCUGACGAACAAAGGAUCAAAUAUGGAUCUGGUUGGGAGUGGUUUUAGAAUCUACAAAACCAUUGAUGUCUCUGGAAAUAGACUCGAAGGAGACAUUCCUCAAUCCAUCGGCCUACUUAAGGAGCUCGUUGUGCUCAACAUGUCAAACAAUGCUUUCACGGGGCAUAUUCCACCUUCUUUGUCAAACUUGACCAAUCUCCAGUCCCUAGAUCUAUCCCGAAACAGAUUAUCCGGCACAAUCCCACCAGAUCUCGAGAAACUCACGUUUCUGGCAUGGAUGAACUUCUCCAACAACAUGCUCGAAGGUCCAAUACCACAAGGCACUCAGAUUCAAAGCCAAAACAGUUCUUCAUUUGCACAAAAUCCUGGGCUAUGCGGUGCUCCUCUCAAAAGGUCAUGCGGUGAAGGAGAAGAAGAAGCGAGAAAACAAGAGAAAGAAGAUGAAGAAAAGGAAGAAAAAGAUCAAGUCUUGAGCUGGAUUGCUGCUGCAAUAGGCUAUGGACAUGGUGUGUUUUGCGGAUUUGUCAUCGGCCAUAUUCUGUCAUCAUAUAGACAUGACUGGCUCAUGAGAAUCUUUCGUUCUUUUGCUUGAUAAAAGAAUUAGUUGCCUGAUGAUAUCUAAUCAUCUAUGUUGUUUUCAGAUUACUAUUAUAAUGUCGUAAAUAAUUCUCUUUUGUUGUAUUGUUUUGCCACUCUUAUUGAGAAUCUGUGUUUUUAGUUAA